AAAAGAUUGAAGUACAGGGGUGCAGGUCAAUAUGACUAUACUAGGCUAAGUGUGGUAUACAGGGAAAACAGCAAAUUCUCAAAAAAGGGUAAUCAAUGAUGUCAUCGGUAGACCCUAAACUCAAACAAAUUGUUGAGAUUACCAACAACUUGGAAAACUUCAUUCCGUAUGCUACUUUUUUUGUCACUCAAUGGCCACCAUUUCCCUCUCCUGGUAUGCUCUCUCCUGAUGGGGACGGCUGGCGGUGGUUAGAUUUUCCAUACAAAGAAAUAGACGGGCUAUCUCCAAUACUCAGAAGUUUUAGGCUGUUAGUUAGAAAGGCUUAUUGCCGGUUAACGUAUAAGGUUUUUGAUAAGUGUCCACAAAUACUUGUUGUUCGAGCCUAUCUAUUUCCUCUCUCCUCCGCUCACUCCGAGAUCAUUGAAUACUAUAGGGAACAUUUUUUCCGAUUCAAACGACCUGUCUGUUGGCUCGAGAAAAGAUGUUUACUGAUAUUAGAGAAUCUUUUAACAUUGGCUGAUUUCAGCGCUCAGGCAUUCAAUUUGAAUACUGAGCAAGACCUGGUGAGUUAUCUUGAAACGCACAAAAUUGCGCUAAUUAAUGCAAUGGUUAAAAGUGACUCAAAUGUGGAGGAAUUAAAAAAGGUUACUUCUGAAAUCUUGAAUUUUCAUCUGGAAAGAAUAGUAGAAGGAAGAUCGCUGGAAAUUCAAAACUUUCACUCCGCCAACUCGGCGUUGCAUCAGUCUUUUUUGAACAGGCUCAAUAGAAUUUAUGCAAACAUUCAAUCCCCUGCAAUGGUAAAUCAAUCUUUUCAAGAUGAGGAUAUGCGUCGAGUUUAUGAUAAGAUCGAAAAUGAUGAAAUUGAUGGAUUCAAAAGUCAGCUUUACAAUUUCCAGAAGAGGUCUGUAAUGAAAAUGCUAGAAAGAGAAUCAUUCCAGACACCCCAGUUAAUGCCAAAUAUCAUCGAAAUCAAGAAAGGUCCGAAAAAAGGUAAAGUAUUCUAUAACAUAAGUCAUCUUCUUCCGACUUUGGAUCCGCCUUUCUAUCUGACUCCUAAAGGGGGUAUAUUGGCUGAGAAUAUGGGGUUAGGCAAAACAUGUAUUUGUUUGGCUUUGAUAUGCAUAUCAAAGUUCCAAAUAUCUGAAAUUCCAGAUACUUACCGUGAUAUGAAACUUCAUGAUACCAACUACAAUUCCAGUAAAUCCGAAGGCGUGCGCAGUUUAUUUGACAUUUGUAUUGGAUUUGUCGCUCAAAAUUCCAUACCUUGGAAAGAGUAUUACGAUGAUUUCCCGUCAAACAUAACCAAGCGGUUAGAAUCCACAAUCGGCUAUUUUCAGAAAGUGGAGAGUAGGACUGGUUUAAGAAAGACUAGAUCGUCGCUUCAUGCUGAAAAUUGUAAGACUUCUUCUAGUUAUAAAAAACUUUAUUUAUCUUCCACCACAUUGAUCGUCUUGCCGGAUAAUUUAUUUCAUCAGUGGAGAGUUGAAAUAUUCAAGCAUGUCGAAAAAAACUUUUUGAAUGUUUUGGAAAUUUCUACUUCAGAGCAAAGUAAUGUCUUGAAAGCUGCUCACAUUCGUGAACUCUUAAGUAAUGACAUCAUUUUGAUUUCAAACAGCGUUUUUUCUAAACAGUUUGAAUCCGCAAAUUCGGUUUUGAGGAAUGUAUUUUGGAAACGUUUGAUCAUUGAUGAAGGACAUUCUAUGAACUCCAAAACCUCACGGGCUGUCUUAUUGACCAAAGAUUUGAUGUAUGAAAGGAUGUGGGCCAUAACUGGUACUCCAACAUCCGGUUUAACAAAUUUGCACAUAGAAGACGAUUCUCAAGAGUACUCGAUUCAAAAACAAUUUGAUCCCAAGCAAGAUUUGAUGAAGGUUGGAUCUAUGGUGUCAAGCUUUUUCAAAAUCAAGCCAUGGGCCUCAAAUGGGAAGUUAUGGACAAACACUAUAGUAAAACCUUUCGAGAGAAAUGAAUUCAGUAUCGACUUGCAGAUUGCCAAAUUUUUAGAGCAGCUAAUAGUCAAGCAUGCGAUAUCAGAUGUUGAAAGUGAUAUAAAGUUACCAGUCUUACAUCACAAACCAAUUUUCUUAGAUCCUUCACAUUUCGACAAAUUAUCAAUCAACCUUUUCAUUGCUGUUCUAGCAACUAAUGCUGUCACCUCCGAGCGAAAAGGGGUAGACUUCAUGUUUGAUCCUACCAACAAAAAUGAUUUGAGGAGACUAGUUUCUAACCUUCAAAAAGGAACUUUUUAUUGGACUGGCUUUAGUAUAAAUGAUGUCGAAAAUCUACUAAAUAUCUGUGUUUAUUCCUUGCGGGAAAAUCAAGUCAAGUAUGCCAAAGAGGAUAGGAAAUUGCUGCAAAAUUCUAUAUUUAUUUCCAAGCUUGCACUUUCUGACAUGCGUUGGAGGUCGGUUACAACAGUUCAUGAAAUGGGCUACUAUGUUUCAUCAUUACCCAGAGCAAUAGUCGAAGAUUUUUCACUGGUACGAUAUCGUGAUAAUAUAUCAGUUUACGGGUACCCUCAUCUGAUAUCGGUUCAGAAGUUUUUCUACAGAAAUCGUAUCAUCAAAAACAAUGAGGACCUUCAGGUAAAGGUGCAGAAGCAAUCAUCUGAAUUUUGGGCCGGAUACUGGAAGAAUAUGAAGGGAGACACAAAGGGUAAAGGCGUUAAAACAACUAGAGCUUUAGGUAACAAAGAAGACUAUAAAGCGUUUGAGCUGUCUGACGUGCAAGAAGUUUCCCAUCUUCCUUCUUGGGUAGAAACUUUCAACCCUUUACUAGAGGAAGCGCUUUUGUACGAGACCUCAUCCGGGAAUGUGGGUUCACUCGGGAAUAGACCGGCAGAACCUGACUCGAAGUCUAAAGUCAAUGGAUCUUUCAGAAUUUCUGAUAAGUUCAACGUGGGAUCAAAUAUGAGAAAUGCCACUAUUGUGGGCACUAUGUCCAGCAAGUUAAAUUACUUGACAAUGAGAUUAUUGGAAAAUCAAAUUCAAAGUUUUAAGAGUAUAGUAUUUUAUGAAUUUGAAAAUUCGGCAUACUAUCUCACUGAAUUUUUAGAUUUGUUGGGUAUGAAUUAUUUGAUGUACUCUUCUUAUAUCAAGAUAAGUGAUCGAUCAAACAAUCUAGCUCAGUUCGAUCGGUGGGAUCCGGGAAAGAAUGAAGGAGAGGGGAUGGCAUUAAUAAUGGACUUGAAGCUGGCGUCACACGGGUUGACAAUAAUUGCAGCAACACAUGUCUUUUUCAUCAAUCCUGUCUGGAAUCAAUCUAUUGAGGCUCAGGCCAUCAAAAGAGCGCAUAGAAUUGGACAGAUGAAAGAGGUUUUUGUUGAAACACUUAUUCUAGAAAACACAUUGGAAGAAGAGAUGUACAGAAUGCGGGACGACGUUAAGGACUCCAGUAGUCUGGAAUUGAUUGACCAUAGCAGAAUAAAGGACUAUAUUAUGAAGUUCCCAUUUCUCAAGAUGUAUGCUGAUGGUAAGUUUGAGGAUGAGUAUGCUAAGCUUACUGUGUCUACAGGCAUCACUGGUGACCUUGCUAGCCCAACGGAGGGUUCAAACAUCGACGAUGGUAUUGAAUUAAAACAUGCAACAAGUGAAUAUAUACCUGAUAAGAUAAGUCGGAAAUGGACUUUACCGCUGUUCACAAAGCAUAACUUGAACAAGUUGUCAAUGAGUGAGAAGCAGGGUAUCAAACGCCGUUUUGAUAACAUCGAAGACUUGGAAAACGAGGCCAUAGUUGAUACUGAAGGUGGAACUUUGGGAGGUGAUAUUGGCGACAGAAGCCAUACUUCAGUUUUGUUUGACAAACUCCGUAGUAAAAGGAAAGGAAAAGUGAGGUUUAUGGUAUAGACUGUGUAUUAGACUUUGAAGUGGAUGAUAAUAGUACAAAGAGAUUACAAGUUUCUAAUAAUUAUA